AUGGAGCCAAGCUUGCAAAGAGCUUUGGAAGGUGUGAGGGAUGAUGAGAAUUUGGCCAUCAACCUCAAGCUGAGCAAGGUGUGCCAGCUGUUGUCUGAGAAUGGGCUCUUGUAUGAGCAACACUUGGCACCCUCAUGCCUGACAGUGCACCCACAGAGCAGAAGUGGGUUGAUGUUGAAUAAUGCUUUUGAUGUGCAUGAGAAAGGGCUGCUGGCUUUAAAGAUGGGAUUCCAAGGGAGCAAAGUGGCUGAAUCAUUUUGCUUUGAACUGAGCAGCAAGAAAGAAGAAAGGGACAAGCAAGUGGGUGCUAUGAGGGCUCUUGUCACAGCUUCAGAGAGGAAGUUGGCACCAGUGAAUGGUACUGAGAGGUUCAUGAGUGUAUCAUGCUCCCACAUCAGCCAGUUUCUCAAAGCUGUUGGGUGUGGUCAGUGUGUGACAGAGAAUGAAGAACUAGGUGAAAGCUUCCUGACAGUGGAGACCUUGGAAGCACAGUUCCCUUCAGAUCACCAUUUUCAAUCAAUGGUGAGGAAUGGAUGGCAGUGGCAUUGCAUCAAGAGUGAAGUGGAGGAGUGCUGCCCAUGGAUGCCACAGCUGCUUCAGGCAGCCUUGAACAGUGGAAAUGAAAUUUCCAAACAAUCCACAGAAAUGGAGAUUGCCUUGAGUCUGGCCUACACUUACAAGACAUCUGCCAGCAUGGAGAAUGCUUGUGCUGUGGUGAAAGCAGCCACAAGCUUGGGCUAUGUGGAUGCAAUCAGCAAAUGGGUGAGGCUGUAUGCAGGAGGUGAUGACUUCCCCCUGGUUCACCUCUUGGCUUCAAUCCAGAAGCUGUUCAACAGCAGCCACUUCUUGGGUGAAGAAUUCAUGGGCAGUGUGAAGCCUUCUCCCAGUUUGGCUGGGCAUGGGAAGCCUGCAGUGGAGGAAAAGCAGGAGGUGAAGAUGGAUGAUGUGAAGCCUUCUACCAGUAUGGCUGGGAAUGUGAAGCCUGCAGUGGAGGAAAAGGAGGAAAUGAAGAUGGGUGGGGUGAAGCCUUCUCCCAAUACUGAUGGGGGUAAGAAGACCUCAGUGGAUCACUAG